UAUUUGAUAUAAAAUAUCGUGUUCAAGACCUUUUCUCUGAUCCAAACUCAUUAAAGAAACUGUUAAAAAAAGAUCUGGCAAUUGAUGACGAUGCUGUGGAAUCUGUUAUGAAUGCCAAUCUAGACUUAACUGUGCUUUUAGCAAAUGAAAAUCCAACAACUGCUAAAGAUAUUUUUUGCAAUCCAGCUGAAUUGAAACAAUUAUUAAAUGUUGAAAAUUCAAAUAUUACUAUUGAGGAAAUAAGUACAACACUGUGCAGCAUUUCUGCAUCUCAAGCUGUUAAAGCAUCAACUAUACUGCUUAGAGAACUCGCAUUAUCACGCAUAAUUGGAAAUUUUGCAAAAUUGGGAAUUGAAGAUUUAAUUCAAAGAGCAGGUUUAAGUUGGGAUGAAGCUGUAAAUACAAUUAAUAUACUUAAAUUGGCACCCUCCAUAAUACCAAAAAUAAAACAGCACAUUUCAGAAUUAACGAAAUCAUUGGAUCCCGAAUUUAGAGAACAUUUAAUGCAGCUAAAUGUUACAAAUGAUGGAAUUCGUGUUUUGGGAACACCUCAGGCUUUGAAAGCAUCUGGAAAAAUUUUAUGCGGUAAGCCUCUGAAAACACUUCAAGAUGAGUUUAACGUCUUGCAAAUUUCUCAUAGUGCACCUCAACUGGAUAAAAGAGAUUUGGAAGAACUACCAAGUGUUUUCUGUCAACACGGAUACGAGCAAGUUAUGAAUAUGGUAGGAGGACCUAUUGUUUGGGGUUUCUUUAAGCCAAUCUUACGAGGAAAAAUUUUAUUUUCUCCCAACAACAUAAAAACUCAGUUAAUUAUGAAAGAGCUAAACAGAACCUUUAAUUCUAUUACAAGAUUUAUAGAUAUAUUACAUGCUUGGGGAGAAGGAACAAGUGGACUACAAUAUUUGCAAAAACAUGAACAUAAAUUUGAGAAAAUGAAAAAACUGAUUCAAUCAGAUGCAGUUCAGCCUCUGAUUUCUCAGGUUAUUGGUGAUGAUGCUAGUAAUAUAUUAAAAGGAUUUAAUAUUGCUUCACUUAGAAAUCAAAUCAGUAAUGUAAGCGGACUUCUUGACUUAGUACAACUGGUUGGAAAUAUGUCGCAGUGUUUUGAACUUAAUAGAUUCGUUGGAUUUGAUAAUGAACUUGAACUAGAAAAAGCAGCGUCAGUUUUGCACGAAAGAAGAGAAUUUAUUGCUGCUAUUGUAUUUUUAAAUAUAAAUGAAACUAGAGAAAAAAGGGAUGUUGAGAAUACAGGUCGUUUGCCAUCACAUAUAAAAUAUAAACUAAGAAUGGAUAUAGAUAAUAUACCAUCUACACGCAAAAUUCGUGAUAAAUUUUGGAAACCAGGUCCUAGAGAUAACUUUUUAGAUGAGCUUAGAUAUUUUCGUGGAUUCAUACAAUUGCAGGAGUUAGUAGAUCAAGCAAUCACUAUUAUACAAACAGAUUACAAUAUGAGUAUAUCUGCAUCAUCUUAUAUGCAGCAGUUUCCCUAUCCAUGCUAUGAAAAAGAUGAAUUUGGACAUUUCUUAAAAGCAACUCUUCCAGUAAUUAUGACUGUGGCUUGGAUUUUUCUCAUAGCCUUUUUAGUUCGAGAAAGAGUUUUGGAAAGAGAACUACAUCUUGAAGAGAUUAUGCAAGUGAUGGGAUUGAGACCAUGGAUAGGAUGGAUAGCAUGGUUCAUUUCAGGCUUAAUAAUAUUAGCAACAAUUAAUGUUUGUAUCGUCAUCAUCUUAAAUAUUGGAGGAAUACUUCCGCAUUCUAAUUGGGUUAUUCUUCUCUUAUUUUUAAUGAUGUUUGCUAUGACAGUUAUUAUGUUUUGUUACUUUAUCAGCGUUUUCUUCAGUACUGCUACUAUUGCUGCUUUAACUGGUAUUAUCAUAUAUCUUCUAUCAUUUUUACCUUUUAUACUCAUCAUUACAUUGGAAGGUGAAAUUCCACAAUGGGGAAAAUUGCUUUCUUGCUUGAUGGUCUCAACAUCAUUCUGUUAUGGUUGCGUAUAUAUCACACGAUAUGAAGAUCAAGGUGUAGGAUUACAGUGGCAAAAUUUUUGGACCAGUCCUGAUCCCAGAGAUGAGAUGUCAUUUGGUUUAGCCAUAGUUAUGAUGCUUGUUGGAAGUUUAAUCUAUUUUAUGCUGGGAUGGUACAUUUCUAAUGUAUGGCCAGCAAAUUUAGCACGUAAACAGCCAUGGUAUUUCUUUAUUUUGCCAAAAUAUUGGAAUUCAUAUAAAAAACAAAAAAGUAAGAAAUUUUCUCCUGAAUAUCCUCUACCACUGAAUCCAGCAAUAUUUAUAGAUAAUCAAUUGAAAGUAACACAUAAAGAUGAAAACUUAUCUGGAACAACUGGCCAAAUUGGAAUAUCUCUAAACAAUUUGUAUGUCAUAUAUAAUAAAAACAAGUCAAAGGAAAGAAUUGCUGUUGCAGGUUUAUCAUUAGACUUAUUUGAAGGACAUAUUACAACACUUUUAGGACAAAAUGGAGCUGGAAAAACAACAACAAUCAAUGUUUUGACCGGACAGCAUCCUCCUACCAGCGGUGCAGUUUUUGUAUAUGGAAGAACAAUACCAGAAGAAUUUUCGGAAAUCCAAAAACUUCUUGGUUAUUGUCCACAGUACAAUACUUUAUUUGACAGAAUGACUAUUAGAGAACAUCUUAAAUUCUAUGCUCAACUUAAAGGAAUUCUUUGUGGUAAAAAACUCGAAAAAGACAUCAAUGACAUGCUGCAAAGUAUGGGUUUAUGGAAUCAGCAAAAUGAACAGUCACGCUACCUGUCUGGUGGAAUGCGGCGACGUUUAUGUGUGGCUUUGGCAUUCAUUGGUGGAUCUAAGUUAAUCAUUUUAGAUGAACCAACAAGCAGUGUUGAUCCAGUAGCAAGACGUAAUAUAUGGGAUCUAAUAAUGAAAUGUAGAUAUGGAAGAACAAUUCUGCUUACAACUCACCAUAUGGAUGAAGCAGAUAUUCUUAGUGAUCGUGUUGCAAUUAUACAUCGAGGAAAACUCUUAUGUUCUGGCUCUCCUCUGUUACUCAAAAGUAAAUUUGGCUGUGGUUAUCAAUUAACUUUAUCCAGACAAGGUUCAGAUACAGACCGUGAUAGUGAUUCUGGAAGAGCUUCUUCUGCUUGUUCUGAAGGAGAAGCCAUUGGAUUUGACACGGACGGACUGCUUAAUUUUGUUCAAAGCAUUAUUCCAACUGCUACUCUCAUGGAAGACCACGGAACUGAAGUUGUUUUAAGUUUGCCUCAAAGAUCACCUGAUGGAAUGCCUUACAACUUUUCCAGCUUUUUUACAAAUUUAGAUUCCAAUCUUAAUCAGCUUGGAUUUGGUAGUUAUGGAUUAUCUAGUACUACUCUUGAAGAGAGGGCUGCAGAAAUUGGUAUAGCAUUAGUCUUUCUAUUAGGAUUUGCUUUUGUACCAUCGAGUUUUAUAGUUUAUGUAGUCAGAGAAAGAACACAAGAAGAAAAGAGAUUACAGUAUGUAGGUGGUGUAGGACCAUUACUGUAUUGGUCAUCGGCUCUUCUUUGGGAUAUGUUGCUCGUAAUUAUUACAGUAUUGCUUUCUGCCGCAAUAAUAGCAAGCUUUUCAUUACCAGUUUAUGUUUCACGUCUCAAUUUACCAGCUGUUCUAUUAUUACUAUUGCUUUUUGGCUGGGCAACUACACCCUUAAUGUACUUGCUUGAAAAAUUGUUUCAAGAAGCUAGUAUUGCCUUCAUGGUCUUGUAUUGCAUCAAUAUUUUUAUUGGAUUGAACAUUAUGGUGGCUCUUUUAGUUCUUAGUCUCUUCAGCAAGGAAACCACUCAUCUAGUGAAUAUCUUAAAAUAUUUUGCCAUGAUGUUCCCUCAAUAUACCGUUGUUGGUGGAUUAUUUGAAUUGGCACGAAAUCACUUACAAGCUGACAUAUUUUCCAUGUUUGGACAAGACACAUAUAAAAAUCCAUUUAGUAUGGAUUUAUUGGGACAAUACUAUAUUGCUAUGGCACUAGAAGGAAUAAUUUUCUUUGUUAUAAAUUUAUUACUUGAAUAUCAAUGGAAGAAGAAAUUUUCAAGAGUAUCAAAACGUCCUUCAAGAAGUUCAAGUAUUAUAGAAGAUAGUGAUGUUUUAGAAGAGAGAAAAAGAGUUCAAAGUGAUGUUAGCAAACAUGACAUUCUAAAAUUAGUUGAUGUAACACAGAUAUUUAGAAAUAUGACAGGCCAAAACUGUGCUGUGGAUAAUCUUAGUCUAUCCAUUCCAAAAGGAGAGUGUUUUGGUUUAUUGGGAGUGAACGGAGCAGGUAAAACAACCCUCUUCCGAAUUUUAACUGGUCAGUUAAGGCCUACAAUGGGAAAUGUAUACGUUAAGAAUAUGAGUGUUUCUAAAGUUCUUUCUACAAGUAGUCAAUUAUUAGGAUAUUGUCCCCAAGCGGAUGCACUAGAUGAUUUACUAACUCCAGAACAGCAUCUUUUUGUUUAUGCCAAAUUGAGGGGUAUUCCGAGCCAGGAAAUAAAAGAAAUAAUUUAUCGUGCCUUAUCGAAAUUUCAUUUAAAAAUGUAUGCCGAUCGCAGGGUGGGUACUCUAAGUAGAGGAACCAAAAGAAAAGUCUGUACAGCAAUUUCCAUGCUUGGAAAUCCACAGAUUAUUUUAUUAGACGAACCCACAACCGGUAUGGAUCCUGUGACGCGACGUUUAGUUUGGACCAACGUUCAACAAGCCAUUAAAGAUCAAAGAUCAGUAGUUCUUACUUCUCAUAGUAUGGAAGAGUGCGAUAUAUUAUGUUCAAGAUUAGCGAUCAUGGUAAACGGAAGACUGCAGUGUCUGGGAUCGCCUCAGUAUCUCAAAUACAAGUUCGGAACAGGGUACACAAUUAGCAUACGAGUAGCGGACGGUGUUACCGAUUGGGGCGUAAUUGUCAAUUUUAUCCACGUGAAUUUUCCUUCUGCAAUUCUCAGGGCUCAUCACUGCAACAUGGUCGAGUUUAGUUUACCUUCUAAGAAUAUACCACUAUCGGAAAUAUUCGGAAAUCUGGAAAAGCAUAGUGACAAAUUAGGUAUACUCGACGUUUCAGUUAGCCAAACGACACUAGAUCAAGUGUUCGUUAGUUUUGCUAGACAGCAGACAGACGAAAUUUUGUUCGACGACGUGCCAUUAGACAUAAAAACCACCGACGAAAUGUUGCCUUCGUCAUACGACAAUCUCGUGUACGAUAAAUUAAAACAAAUGAACAGCACUCUAGAAUCAAACGCGUUCACCAAUAAAGGAUUCGUAGAAGACGAAUUAAAAUUAGCCUCGUUAAACAGUUCUUGUAGAAACAGUUCUGUUUUCAGUAUGUACGAAUACGACGAAGACACACAAACUACAAAGUUCUAAACCAAAAAAAAGGACUGAGGUAUUUAUAUAAAUAAAUUUAUCAAGUACAAUAUCCUUUUACACCGGAGAAUAAACAGGACACGUGACAAAAUUGGGGUUCUUAUAAUCUUUUAUCUCAAUUUUCUUUUUGUACUUCGAAUUUGAAGAAUAAAUUAUUUAAACUUUUCACUAAUAAUGUAAACAUUCCAACAAUUUGUCGUUUUUCCUUAAUACACAAUAAAGCUGCUUCUGUAAGUGGCAUUUAUUGUUACCAUUUGUUAUAACGAAGUGGCGCGUUAUCCUAUGGAAAAAGGGGCAAUUGUCUGGGGCCCCCCACUAGCAGAGGGGUCCCAAACCAAUAUUUUACAAGAAAAUAUUUCAUCUCCCAAAAAGUCUGAAGUCAAAACUGCACGUGAGGCCCCCUAAUUCACUGUGCCCCGUGAAGCUAUAACGCGCUACUGUUAUAACAAUUAAGGGAAGAUAAUUGCUCUAUUAUUAUUAUAUUUUGUAAAUGUAAAAUUGUGCCAUCUAGUUUUAUUUAAUUAAGAAGAAUGAUCAAAUUCUUUGUUCUACUAAUCAUUUACUUUUCUAAUUGGAAUUAUUAUUAUUAUUGUCGAUAUUAUUGUCUGUGACACGGCGCAAGAGAUACACAGAAUGGACUUUUUACGUAUUGUAAUUUAAUGAUUUAAUGCUUAUGAAAUUCGAAUAUGCACAAUCACCCAAAGAUUUCUUGAUAUAAAAGUGGGAACAAUUUAAUAAACGUGUAUAUAAAGCGAUGAUCUGUAAUAUUAUAUUUAAUAAAAAGAUUGUUUCAUUUAAU